AUGUCGGACAAUCUACCACAAGAAGUGGUGUUUGAUAUCUUAGCAAGACUACCUGUGAAGUCACUAUUACAAAUGAGGUGUGUAUGCAAAUCAUGGAACUCUCUAAUCAAUAGUCCCAAUUUCAUCACAUCACACACAAACCAAACUCUUGCAAACAACAACAAUGAAUUACUAAUACUUAGGCACCAUACUGAUGACAAAGAUCAGUUCACACUCCACUGCAAAAACAACGCAGUCAAUGAGUACUACCAUUUUAUGGAACCCAUCAAUCAAGAGAUGUUUGAAUCUAUGCCUCAUGUUACAUGUAAGUCUCAUGGUUCUUAUAUGUUUGAUCUUGGGUUUGGCUUUGGCUUUGAUCCCCUAAGUAAUGAUUUUAAGGUGGUGAUACUUGUGUAUUUUCACGAGCGCUUUGGUUACAGGCUUCCAGCAGAGGUCGAUGUUUAUAUGCUUAGCAUACGGGCUUGGAGAACAAUUGAUACUGUUGCCCCCUCAUAUAACUUGAUGCAAUGUGUUUCGCAUGUUUUUGUGAACCGGGCUUGCCACUGGAUUGGUUUUGAGGCAAUGACGAAGGAAAUAAGGUGCUAUUUGAUAUUGUCAUUCGACAUUGGUAGUGAAGUGUUCCAUGAGAUAAAGCUGCCAAAUUGUUUUGCUAAUGUGUUUAGACUAAUUGCAUCAAUUGCGGUGUAUGAGGAAUCGAUUUGUUUGUUCCAUUAUGAUAGGGAUUGUCAAUUGUAA